AUGUCCAGCAGCGGCGACCAGCACUCGAGCUCCUCCAUGUCCAAGGACAGCCAGGAGGUGGGCGGGGGAAGGGACCUGUCGUUCCUAACCGUGAAGCCUGUGCUCAUCGAGGAGUUCCCUAGCACUGAGACGCAGGGGCUUGUGGCUCCGCGUAGCAUGAAGGGUCAGCGACAUGCUUGGGGGAUGCUGACGGCUGACUUGAGUGCAGGAGGCAAGGGAUUCAAGGCUCAGGUGAAGUCUACCUCCGACGUCCUUCCCAAGUUCGGUGGGACGACCAGCGCAGAGAUGUACCAGGCAUGGAAGCAGCUGGAGAAGCAGCAGGGAAAGAUCGUGAUCAGCGACGCGGGGGUCAUUAGGGAGGGCGGGGUCGGGAACGCCAUUGAGAGGGAGAGGACUCUGGAGGCAGUGCGAUUCAAGUUGGACUACUUCCUCGCCAACAACAUUGUGGACGCAAGGAACAUCUUCAGGAAGUUGGACGCGACCGGCAACGGCUUGCUCACGCGCCUGGAGUUCGAGAAGGCGAUCUUGGCCAUGCACAUCGGGCUGUCGGCGGUGCAGAUGAAGGUGCUGCUUGACCACGUGUUCGAAAACCUGGCCAAGGAUCAGUCCAUGGGCUUCGAGAAGCUGGUGAACUAUAUCGAGUUCAUGAACGAGUUUUCCCCAAAGACGAACGGGGAGCUCAAGGUCACGAAGGGGCGGAAGAAAGGGAGGAAGAAGAUCGUCCUCGACCCUGCUCCGGACGUUGAGAUAGCCGAGGAGUUCGUCGAUGACGAGGAGUUGGACAAAAUCCCCAUCAUCAUCCUCCUCGCGGGAUUCUUCGUCUGUCCUGUCUGGUUGUUCGGCAUCCGGUAUGUCAAGUCGAGGAGGGCGGCAGAGCGCCUGUCGGGCAAGCUCUCGCUGUUCCUCGCCCUCUCGGCCUUCAUCAUCGUCGUGGUCGUGAGCACGUACUUCUCGAACCCCGGAAACGGAAAAGACAACCCGCAGCACUGCAAGGCGAUCGAGGGCGUGCUCGUUGCUUUCCGCUUCGUGGGCUUCCAGGCCAAGAGAUCAACCUUCUACACAGGCGCUGCGACAGGAGGAUACAACAACCUGAUCCUCUUCAAAGACGCUCUCCACAGCUUGUACCUAAAGACAUCCGUCACGGUCACCUACAACGCUGAUGAAGGGAUCCUCGUCGAUGCGAUGCAGGACAUUCCUCAGGACGCGGACGGAGCGACGUUGUUGGCGGUUGUUCGCAUGGUUGCUAGCGACUCCUACAACGCCGAGAUUCUCACCACCGCCGUCAAAGAGACGGCUCUCUCCUCGCAGAACCUCGACUUCGAGCGCAUACUCAUCGGUUCUGUCCCCAUCUCCGGAAGCGAGAAGCAAGUCAGCACGCCGAUCUACUUCAAGCAGACCGACUUCACCUUCGUCCCUGGGGCAGAGAACGGCACCAUCACCUCCAGCACCCCCUUUCUCAUGCGCAUGCCCCCCACCAGCUCCAAUCCUCUCAACCCCAACGAUCCUGGCUGGGCGAUCUACAACAACAGCAGGCUGCCGACCUGCUGGUUCGUGGAAGGGUUUCAGCUGCCAGCGAACCCGUGCUUGUCCAACACCUCGUCCCCCGCCUGCUCGACUAUUUGGGUUCGUCAGACAUAUACACCGAUAAGCGUCAUCGACACGCCGCCAAUGCCGACAUGGCUCAUGGGGCAGGGGCAGGGGCAGGGGCAGGGGCAGGGGCAGGGGCAGGGGCAGGGGCAGGGGCAGGGGCAGGGGCAGGGGCAGGGGCAGGGGCAGCAAACUUCUUACGAUCUUGUUGCAGGACACAACCAACUCCGUUUCAGGAAAAGCAGUCCGAGACACAAAGUUGAUACAUGCAAGUGGAACUAUGAGGUUGAAAUUUACAAGGGACCUUACAUGAGCUACUUCUGGGUUGGUGUGGUAGGGAAGAGAGAAUCCUCUCAGUUCGUCCCCUUCAAAAUCUUCUCGCAGUACCAGCAGAGCAACAACCCAAACUUCAACGGCAACCCCAACCCCUUCCUCCAGUACCUCACGGGAGAGACUUCCGCCGCUCCCUCCCUGCGCUUCAACAUCCUCCUCGUCCUCCUCGCGCUCCAUGUUUGUAUCUUCAAUCUAUAA